AGUGGAAGGUGGCACUUGCCUAUAAAAGCAAGACGAACGGCACGCCCGACCCCGUCCUCCUGUCCAACGCCCUCUGUCUCUCUGCUAAAAAUAGCCAUUAAAGCUCGAAGAGCUAAUUUUCCAAGAUACCCAGAAAAAAGAUUGAAGCUUUGAAGGAAGGAUAGUAGUAAGACUGAAAGCACUUUCUGUGCCGAACUUCUGCGUUUCUCUUCACGUAUUGGUGAAAAAAACAAAUUAGAAGAACCGAAAAAUGGCGUUGCAGCAAUUCUUUGCACACGAAUGCAAAUCCAUCGCCGGAGAAACAACAGAAUCAGAAAAUUCCAAAGGUGGCUUUGACUGCAACAUCUGCUUAGACUUUGCACACGAGCCAGUGGUCACCUUCUGUGGCCAUCUAUAUUGCUGGCCUUGCAUUUACAAAUGGCUUCACGUUCAGAGUGCGUCCCUUGCCUCCGAUGAGCGCCCUCAGUGCCCUGUUUGCAAGGGUGAUAUAUCACACACUACCAUGGUCCCACUUUACGGCCGGGGCCUAGCAACUUCUGAACCUGAGCUUGAAGGAAAGGUGGCACUCUACAGGGGAAUGGUAAUACCUCCCAGACCAUCAGCAUGCGAUGCGCAAGCUCUCAUAUCUAGCACCUCUCAGACGGUCCAGCAACUCCCGUAUCGUAACCCUUAUCAGAACCAACAGUAUAACCCUCAUCCAUACAGCAGUUUCGGGGAACAUUCUUCCUCGCCGCUGCUUGACCUCGGAGGCACUGCAGUGGCAGGUAUCCACCAUCCAGCGGUUGGGGUGUUUGGGGAAAUGGUUUAUUCAAGGGUGUUCGGAAACUCGCAGAGCGUAUAUGGGUAUCCCAAUUCGUAUCACCUAACCGGAAGUAGUACUCCGAGGCUGAGGAGGCAUGAGAUGCAGGCAGACAAGUCACUAAACAGAAUAUCUAUUUUCCUCUUCUGUUGCUUGCUUUUGUGCCUUCUUGUCUUUUGAAGUUUAGAGAUUUGGUCAUUCUAUUUCUGCUGCCAUUUUGUAUACUGUAUAAUUAACGCUUGGGAACAUAGAUAGAUGAAAUUAGAUGUGAAAUAUAUGAGGUAAUAGUAAUCCUAGAGAUUUUAUUCAGAAUCAUCCUUA